AUGGCGGACAACACCCCCACACUCCGCCAACGCCUCGAGUCCCUCCCACAAGAACUCUACGACGAGAUCUACACCCUCACCUUCACCGCCGCACCCGGCGAACGCAAGAUCUGCGCACCCACCAAGUCCGAAUCCCGUGCAUCUACCCUAUCGCCCGACAUCAGCAGAUGCUUCCGUGGCCACGACAGCGCAAACCUGUUCCUCGUAGACCGCGCUAGUAGCCAAAUGUUCGCAGAGUCGUACUUCGGUGGUGAGGGCGCCGUCUUCACUUUCCAUUGUGAUAUGUGCUGGACUUCCUGGCUGAGUCGCCUUAACGAUGAGCAUCGUCGUAUUCUCCCCAGUCUUUGGUGA